AUGAACAACAGCACAACUCUAACAUUCACUCUGACAGCCUACGUGAUCCUAGAGAAAAACAAAUACGUAUUCUUUAUUAUCUUCCUUUUGCUUUAUAUUGCUACCGUGUUGCUAAAUGUAUUAUUGAUUACUGUCAUUCACCAAAACAAAGUGCUGCACCAGCCUAUGAAUAUGUUUGCAAGUAUGUUAAGUUUCAAUGAGCUCUAUGGCAGCAGUGCUUUAUUGCCUUUAACUAUGAGCAUACUCAUGUCAAAAACACAUGAGAUGAGCGUCAACUCCUGCAUUGCUCAAGUGUACUGCCUGCACACAUAUGCAGCCUCAGAGUACUGCAUACUAGCGCUCAUGGCCUACGACCGCUACCUCGCCAUCUGUUACCCGCUACAUUAUCAAACUAUUAUGUUACCUUCAAAGGUCAACAAACUAAUUGUAUUGGUGGGUCUCUAUCCAUUUAUUGCAUUUGGAUGUUUUUUUUCCAUGACUGCACAGCUGAGUUUUUGUGGAAAAUUCAUACCAAAGUUAUAUUGCGUCAACAUGGAACUGGUUAAAAACGCAUGUACAAAUACAUCCCAUAUCAACAUCGCUGGGCUUCUACUUAUCGGAUUGUUGAUUGCCCCGCAGGUCUUCAUGGUUUUUUUCUCCUAUGUUCGAAUAUUCCGAGUGUGUAAGAAAUUGUCAAAGAAAAAUCAAGUUAGUGCUCUAAAAAAAUGUGCGCCACAUUUAACAUCUUUUUUAAAUUUUAGCAUCGGCUCCUUAUUUGACAUAGCGCAGCAUAGGUUCGAAAUGAGUCAUAUAGCAAUGGAGGCGCGGAUUCUUUUGUCAAUCUGUUUUGCUGUCGGACCACCUUUUGCUAAUCCCAUCCUAUAUGGACUUGGGACGUAUUUGAUUCGAGUUCAUAUCAAAAAGCUGUGUAGUACAUGCAGGCACAGAGGGUGA